UGCUACUUGAUUACCAAUGUACUAGUCUGUAGGCAGGUAGGCAUCAAGCAUCAAGCUAUUGUGACCAUCUGUUGAAAAGGUUCUAGCGAGGACAAUCAGAUAUGCGGCAUGCACCGACGACGGCCCGCGACGAUUACUGAGGUCGGAAUCGAAAACGUCACCGACAUCCGUGAUCACUAUUGAGGACCUUUUCUGCAAGCCGAAAGGAUCAGCUUGUCGUCCGUACCAUCUCAUCGCUUGUCAAUCAGCUUCGUACGGAACCUUUCAAUAUGCUGCCAAGAGAUCGGCUUUUGAAUUCAAGUACUGCACUCGGGGAGCGAUACGUGCACAAAUCGCUGCCGACACAGCGACACAUCCUCCCUGGCAACUGGAACUGGGAAUCCACUGCCACAGCCGACUACCUAGUCAGGGAAACAACCUGGCUGACAAGUAUGACCGGCGGUACUUCUCCAAAGUACGUGCUGGCUUACCGUUAUCAACUGGAGGACGAGUACCUCGGAGGCGAAAAGAAACCCGCUCGCUACUCGACAAUUUUUCGUUGGGAGCUGAUUCUAAUAUGGGAAUACCUGCGUCAGGUCACCAUCAAUCGCGUACAUAUCAUGAAAGCUGUGCAAGCAUCAAGUGCAUUCGACAACGAUCCAGAUAGUGUCGACCUUUACCGGCUGGAGCGCUGGUGGAACACUGUUUAUGAAGAAUUCGUAUGUUUCGGCAUACGUCUGAAUGAGCUAGAACGAUUCGAAUCUCUUGGUCAAAUCCCCCGUACUUGGAAAGACGGCCACUACCGUAUCGCGAGACUGGAGAUGGGUUUUCCACUCGAUUGCGAAGGUUUCGAGGUCGGCUUCUUUGCCAGGUCCAGGAAGCUUCUGGAUGGAUAUGCUCUGGACGGCCCCUCUGGAUAUCCUCUCGAACAAACCCGGAUGUAUCUCCAAGAAGACGUCGCGGUCAGACACCGAUUCCUCAACCCGAACAAGCUACUCGAAGCGGUCACGCGGUGGGAUGACUGGAUCCACAACGACGUGAGCGUGCGCAAGUGCAUCGACCGAUCCGAGAGGAUCCAGGAUUACACUGCAGAGAUGACAAGUUCUUCUUCCGGCGGAACAAUGUUAUCGGGACCUAGCUUUUCAGAGAUCAACGCCCGAUUGGCGCUCGAGGAGGACAAGCUGAACCAAGAUCAGGAACCCUUGCUGCUUCCAGACUUCCCCACAGCAUAUGCGGAGAAACCAGCAUCGUCCAAGCUGAUUUUUUUGUAUGAAGUAGAACGCUCGACCUGGAACUUUUCACCCGAAUUCUGGGGACGACAUAGACUCAUUUGCCAACAUCGAUCAAGUUUGGAUACCCCGUUAAGAUUGGCUUCCGAGAGGUAUGAACGGCGUGAGAUGAAAGGGAAGGAGGCUCUCGAGCAAGAAUGGAGAAAGUGCCUGAAAUCAAACAGUUGGGAUGCCUGGGAGGUUUGAAUGGACAAUCACCUUGGAGGCCCAUAUAUCGCGUAUAACAUUCGACGUAGUGUGCAGCAAGAGCCAGGGAGGAUGCGGAAAGCAAAUCGGAUGCGAAAGACGUCGUCGAUCACAGGAUCCGACAGCUCAGACCCCUCUUGAUCUCGCACGAGAUUGUGUCACAUGCGGAGACAGUCUGGCACAUCUUUUCUCGCGCGAAAAUCCGGAAGACAGUGGUAACAGGAAAGACUUACGGAAACCUUUGCUCGAGCGGCGGAACCAUGAAUGAGAGUCGAGAAAGAAGCGAAGCCGGCUUGUGAUAGGAGCGCUCAGAAAGAGGAUGGGAUGUAGAGCUCUUGACUGUACGAUGACGCUGUAGAGAGAGAGAGAUCGAUCGAUCAUUUGCUUCCGA